AUGGCGCGCGGUUCAGGGCCUCGUCCAUUUGAUUUUACGCAGGCGGGCGGAGAGCGGAUAGUAUGGGAGUUCCACCACGUGACGCUGACACGAGUGCCGGGCUACGGGUUCGGUAUAGCGGUGUCCGGUGGUCGAGACAACCCUCACUUUACCAACGGGGACCCGGCCAUCGCCAUCUCCGACGUGCUCAAGGCGGGGCCUGCGGAGGGUAAACUCCUGUUCCAGUGCCAACGGUGUGUGUCGCUGGACAACGUGGAGUACGCCACAGCGGUUCAGGUGCUGCGGGACAGCGGGAACACUGUGGCUUUGGUGGUCCGCAGGAGGGUGGUACUCCCCGCCAGCCCCGAGCCGCAGACUCUCAGGCUACAGCUCACCAAGACCAGAAAAAAGGAUGACUUUGGCCUUGUACUGGGUUGCAAAAUCUUUGUGCGAGAGGUGGGCAGCAAGCUGGACAAUGGCACACAAUCACUGCAAGAGGGAGAUGUGCUGCUCAAGAUCAACAAUCACCCCACAGAAGGAAUGAGUCUUAAGGAGGCAAGAAAGCUCAUCGAGAGUAGUAAAGAGAAAUUGAACCUUGUGGUGAGGAGGGACACACCGAGAUCAACGUACCCCACGGAGUCCACAGCGAUGCAGAGCAAAGGAAACUACCUGGAGGGUUUAAACGGCAAUGCGUACGCCUCACAGAACCUGUACGUGCAACCACCUACGCGUCAGAAUGUGUUGGAAGACAAGAGUAACCUAGUGCCGCGAGGGCGGUCGAGAGGACCGCUGCUGGACGGGGGCUUGUCCCUCAGUCAACUGGACCGCCCUGCCUCACCUUCCCACAGUCGCAGCCGUAGUGGGCUGGCUGCUGAGGAACCCCCGGACCCUCCUCGACCGCCCCCUCCUAGACCUGAAGUAUUUCGGGGCAACCUAAAUUACUAUAGCAGCAGUAGACAAACUUUACGAUGAUGAUCCUUUGCUUCAGAGAUCCAAACAAGCCAUGCCAGAUCCCAGGUUCAUAACGUUCCAGAAGGAAGGGUCGGUGGGUAUCAGGCUGACAGGGGGUAACGAGGUUGGUAUCUUCGUCACCGCAGUUCAACCUGGCAGUCCAGCGUCUCUGCAAGGUCUGCAGGCC